UGCGGCCCCCUGGGCGCCGCCUGGGCGCUGGCGCUGCUGCUGGCGCUGCCCCAGGCCGCCAUCUUCGCCCAGCGCCCCGUGGACGCCGGAGGCACCCUCGACUGCCGGGCGGCCUUCGCAGCGCCCUGGGGCGCCCGGGCCUACGUCACCUGGGCCGCCGUGGCCCUGGUGGCAGCGCCCGCGGCGCUGCUAGCGGCGCUGCUGGCCACACUGUCCAGGGCCCUGCGCCCCGGGGCGCCCGCCCUGCGCCCGGCGCGCGCCAAGAGCCGCCGCAUGGCCCUGGUGGUGCUGGCCGCCUAUGUCGGGGGGUGGGCGCCCUUCUUCUGCGCCCAGCUGUGGGCUGUCUGGGACCCCGAGGCGCCUGUGGAGGGCCCGGCCUUCACCAUCCUCAUGCUCCUCGCCAGCCUCAACAGCUGCACCAACCCCUGGGUCUACGCGGCCUUCAGCACCAGCCUGUCCCGCGCCAUGAGGCGUCUGCUCUGUCCCUGUCACCGCUGUCACCGCCGUCCCCCACCUUGA